GAAGAAUGUCCUACGCAUGUCAAACUAAAGAGUUGUUAGAAACAAACAAUAUGUGUAAAUAAUCAAUGAAAAACUGUGAAAAAUAUGUGAAAUCGAUGAAAGUAUGAAUUGAUUCCUCUAUUGAUCAGAAAAAAUGAGUUUUGGUUCAAGUACCAAGUCUCGCUUUGAACUUGAAACAACAAAUAAAGGGAAAGCAGGAAUAUUCUUUUUAGGGAAAGAUAUUAAACCAAAACCAACAAGAAAGUAUGGUUAUAAAGAGAGAGCAUUGAGACAUCCAAUAAGAAAUACAGCAAGUAAAGCAGAAAAUCAUCAAUUUGAAGAAACACAAAUAAUCAACAACAAGAAACCCUUAAAACCUGAUAAAAACUUUAUUAAAAAGAAUCGUGAUAAACUCGCAGGGAAAUCAGUUCACAAUGAAAAAAAUAAACCUUUAAAUGGUGGUACUGUGACUUUAACACAAGAACAAUUAAAUGCUAUUUUAGAAUCUGUGGGUAAUUUAAGAGAAGGAAAGGAAAAUGCAUUACGGAUAAGUAUUGAUACUAAAAGUAAUGCUAUAAAAAUAGACUCUCCAAGAAAAGAUGAAGAUCCCAAGUCAUCUAGAUCAGAAAAAUCGGUUAAAGUUUCCAGUAGAAGGGAUAAAAAGGAAGACGAAGGAAAUAUUCUUAGUUUACUUUUAAAUCAAGAGAAAGAUAAGAUUGAAGAUGAUAGAAAAAGUGACAACACAGAUGUUGAAAACUUUCAGAAAGAUAUUACAGCAAGAAAAGAAAAAGAGAAGGCGUCCCUGGAGGACAAUCAAAAUAAAAAGACAGAAAAAUCUGAAACCAGUAAAGAUGUUAAAAGUUCUCCUGAAAGAAAAAAGAAAUCCGAAGAGUUGUCUAAGUCAAAAGAUUCACCUUUAAAUAUUCCCCCUGUUCCUCUUUCACAUCUCACAGUAGCUGAGAAAAAAAGAUUACAAUGGGCUCUCGAAAAAGGUGAAACAGAAAAUUAUGAUCCAUGGGGUCGACCCGGUGCUGGUGCUCCACCUAUAAAACCUCCUGAGGAGGAAGAAAAGAGACAGAAUAAUUUACCACGAGUUCCUGAAGCCAAUAAUACUAGUCCUAAACAUAUAACAAAAUAUUCUGCUAGUCCUCAACAAGAUAAACAACAUCAUUAUGGUACUCUAAAUAUAGGGCAUUUAUUAGAUCAAAAUGAACAACAAUCUAAAAAAGAAGAAAAUCAGAGAAUUUUACGAGAAGAACUUGCUAAACAACUGGAAGAGAAGCGUUUACAGAAACGUCGAGAAAGAGAACAAGAGAAUCUAGAUGAUACGUUUGCUAAUCAACUAUCAAAGGAACAUAAACCUGCUCCUUUACCUCCACAACCGGCUAAGUUUAUUUCUUCUACUUCUAGUAAACACAAUACUCCACGAGAAGAAUAUGAACCUCAGGUACCCAAAGUUAGUCCUCGUUGGGUCAAAGAUCAGAAAGUUCCACCAGCAGCCAUGAGAAGUUCUUUCGCUUUUGGAGGUUUGGCUUUAGAUGAUACAAAAUACAAACAAACAAAAGAAGAAGAAAGAAGAAAAUGGUUGGAAGAUUUAGAAAAACAAAAGGAAGAGAAGAGAUUAUUAUCCAUGACAAAACAAGAAAAACAGAGACAGCGAGAUGCUGCAGAUGCGGCUGUCUGGGCUGAAAAAGUUUCGUCACGAGUUGAGAAAACAUCUCACAGACACAAUGCUGUCGCUUCACAGUUAUCACCACGAUAUUCAUCCAAAGCUACGGCCAUACAGCAACAUAAUAUUGCUGCUACAUCUCCACGUUAUGAAUCAGGAUUAAAGCAGAAUUCAUCUAGUCAAGAUAUGGAAGUUAAAGAUAGUGCUAGAGUUAAUAGUGCUCCUACAGAUACACUGUCCUCACCGACUUUAAUUAGAGGACAGAAUGUGAUAAUAGAUCCAGUUACGAUGAAAGAUCUAGAAAUAAAGAGACAGCGUCAUCUAGAGUUACAGGAUGCUAUUAAGAAUCAGAUAGAUGAGAAGAAGAAUCUGGUCCGUUUAGAACGUGAGAAAAAAUGGGCGGAGGAACAGGAAGAGGAGCAACGUCUACAGAGAGAACGAGAAGUUAUACAAAAACAGUUUGAACUAGAACAACAAAAAAUACGAGAGAAAGAGCAAGCUAGAGAUCAACAAUUACAAAAGUUGAAGUAUGCCAUGGAUGAAGCUCAAGGUCGUGCCCUACAUGAGAAACAUUUAAAACGUAUGCAGAGAUUACAGCAAGGUGGCCAUGAUAUCACUAAUCUUAAGGCGAAUUACGAUGUCCUGUCACCAUCACCAUCUAUUCCCAUUGGACGAUCCACAGCUACACCAGUUGCUAGGCAACAUACAGACAAUCAGAAUGCCAUGACCCCACGAGUGCAACCAAUGACAACCCAACAGCAAUCGGCAUACGUUCCACAGUUAAACCUCACGGAAAGAGAUAUAGCGGUUGACACUUCAAUACGCUCACAUAACAGUGAUGCAGAACAAAUGGCAGACGUCAAUCAAAGUAAAGAACUGGUUCAUCAUGAUGAUUACGUCGAAGAUAAGAUUGUUUCGUAUCGUAACUUAAGUGACCCGCAUACUGAUCCUUACUCAACACGAAGACAUUUUGGUACACAAACGUAUACAUUUACAGAUGAGAAUGGUGUUAAGAGGGAAGUAAGUGAUGUCAGAAUAGAAUAUAAGGCAGAUAGAUCUCAUAGACGUCGAGGAAAUGUCCCAACUGAGGCAGACGCAAAUGAGAAGAAAAUGGUGGGCACAACAAAAUUAAAGAAAGUCAGACUUAAGAGUGCUGCACAGGUCAGGAAAUUUAAGACAGAGAAACCGAAACCUAAAGAAAAAUUCGGCUGGAAUUAUAACAAUCAAAGAGUGAAAAAGAAUGUGAAAAAUUCGGAGAAGGAUCCAUUUUACAAAGAGAAAAAAUGGGAAAGUCAAGCAAGACAUGCAAAACGAGCAGCACAACUUUACAAAAUGGUGGAAGCUAAUAAACAAAUUAUACCUACAGGGUCGCGCAGUCCAUCCCCUCAUAGAAAUAAAUCUUUGUCGCCAUACAGAGCCUCUGUUAAUUCCCGACAUGACAGAAGCUUGUCUCCAAAUUUCCGCUCAGAAACCAGACUCAUAAAACCGUCUGAUGUAACACCUCGUAGAGGAAAAUCAACAUCUCCUCUUCCAUCAAACAGAUCCCGUCAUUCUGAGGAACUCAAACCUUUUGUAGAUGAUCAUGAACGCAGAUCUCGUUUGGAUAAUUACAAACAUAGACCUGAUCAUCAUGCCAGAUAUGAAUCACCUCCUGUGCCAGCAGUUAAACACAGAAGACCUCAUCAAAAUGAACUGGAUAAUGAUGACUAUGAUAAUUGUAAUGGUAGAUCACAUUAUACAGACUUAGAUCCUGUACGUCCUCCUGUCUAUGAUACUGAUUUCAUUCCGUUCACAAGAACGUCAGAGAUUUUAGAUCCGUCCCAUGCCGAUGAUCCUCUACGCGUGUCACGAGAGAACACACGAGUAAGAAAGGGAAGGAAGGCGUAUAAUGAAAAUCAACAACCAGCUGAUUAUGGUAAUAGAAUAGAUAUUUAUGAAGAUAAACGAAGAGAUCCUAAUCAAAAGAAUCCUAUAUUUAACUGUGUUAGUUAUUAUAUUUUGAUAGAAUCCCAUAUUUAA